ACCAGAAGCUGCUAAUAAGCAGAACGCAUCGGACGGCUUUUAUUCAAGGCUUUUAAUUUUUGGAAUGGAAAGUUUAUAAUUAUUAAUUCAGUGAAAAUAGUGAAUUAAGCCAAGUGAACCUUAAACUUUUAAAUAUAUGUAGAAAACUUGAUUCUUCUUAAGAUAAAUAAUUCAUAGUAACUAAAUAAUAUAACUCAAUAGUUUUAUUACCUAUUUAAUGCUUUAAAUCAUAAAAAAUAAUGCAAGCUAAUAAGCUUCCCAAAAAUCCUCGCGAAUCGGCGGGGAUUUUUUCCACCUUGAUGUUUUGCUUCGCGUUGCCCAUCCUCUUCAAAGGCAGAAAGAAGACGUUACAACCCACGGACCUAUAUCAGGCCCUAAAAGGACAUAAGGCUGAGACUCUGGGCGAUAUUUUUUUUAAGACUUGGCAGGCAGAGGUCACGUCCUGCAAGGAUAAUCCCAAAAAGGAGCCAAGCAUUAUAAAGGUUAUACUGAAGGUGUUCGGAUGGCGUUUGUUUGUAUCUGGACUUUUGAUUGGUAUUCUGGAAGUGGGAACAAAAGCUACCUUACCUCUUAUUUUGGGAGCUUUGAUAUCCGAAUUCACUGCCAAUGGAAAUGGCGAUGGAACAAUGGCCCAAAUCUAUGGAAUCACCUUGGUAUUGGCCUUCUUGAUUGGUGUGGUUUUUCUUCAUCCUUUUAUGAUGGGAAUGAUGCUCUUGGCCAUGAAGAUGCGAGUGGCAGUGAGCACGGCUAUCUACAGGAAGGCACUUCGUUUGAGCCGAACCGCCUUGGGAGACACAACCACGGGCCAGGUGGUUAACCUUAUUUCCAAUGAUCUGGGCCGAUUCGAUCGGGCUCUGAUACACUUUCACUUUUUGUGGCUGGGACCAUUGGAGCUACUGAUAUCCUCGUAUUUUCUUUACCAACAAAUCGGAGUAGCUUCACUUUACGGAAUAGGGAUUCUAUUACUGUUCCUUCCGUUCCAAACAUAUCUCAGCCGGCUCACUUCAAAGCUAAGGUUACAAACCGCUCUGAGAACCGAUCAGAGGGUGAGGAUGAUGAACGAGAUUAUAUCCGGAAUACAGGUGAUUAAAAUGUACACCUGGGAGAAGCCAUUCGGCAAGGUCAUAGAGCAACUUAGACGCAGCGAAAUGAGCUCCAUUCGCAAGGUGAACUACAUUCGAGGGACUCUGCUCUCUUUUGAAAUAACUCUGGGCAGGAUUGCCAUAUUUGUUAGUCUUCUGGGCUUCGUCCUGAUGGGCGGCGAACUGACCGCCGAGAGAGCCUUCUCGGUGACAGCCUUCUACAAUAUCCUGCGACGCACGGUAACCAAAUUCUUUCCAAGUGGAAUGUCCCAGUUUGCCGAAAUGCAGGUAACCCUGCGGAGAAUCAAGACAUUCAUGAUGCGGGAUGAAUCAGGAGUCCAGGCAGGUACCCACAAAAAGGAUAUUGGCGCUUUGGAACCUCUGGUGGAACUAAAGUCUUUCAGAGCGCAUUGGACUCAUGAACAUGCCGAACCAGUUUUGGAUAAUAUAAACAUCUCUCUCAAACCCCCACAGUUGGUAGCUGUCAUUGGACCUGUGGGUUCCGGGAAGUCGAGUUUGAUUCAGGCUAUUCUCGGUGAGCUCCCGCCUGAUACGGGAAGUGUUAAGCUGCAGGGUAGCUUGUCCUAUGCCUCCCAGGAACCCUGGCUGUUCAACGCCUCCAUUCGGGACAACAUCCUAUUUGGCCUGCCCAUGGACAAGCACCGCUAUCGGAGUGUGAUAAGAAAAUGUGCCCUGGAAAGGGAUCUGGAGCUGCUCCAGGGUGAUCAUACAGUGGUUGGGGAACGAGGAGCAGGGCUAUCCGGUGGCCAAAGAGCCAGGAUCAGUCUGGCAAGAGCCGUUUACAGGCAGGCGGAUAUAUAUCUACUCGACGAUCCCUUGAGCGCAGUGGAUACUCACGUGGGACGCCACUUGUUCGAGGAGUGUAUGCGAGGCUACCUUAGAGACAAACUGGUUAUCCUGGUUACCCAUCAAUUGCAGUUCCUUGAACAUGCAGAUCUCAUUGUGAUCAUGGACAAGGGCCGGAUAACAGCUAUCGGUAGCUACGAGGAAAUGCUAAAGAGUGGCCAGGAUUUCGCGCAGCUCCUGGCCCAGCAGACGCAGGAGGAAAAGGAGGUUUCCGAUAAUGAGGAUAAAUCAGUCAAUGACAGUAAAUCCAACUACUCCCGUCAGAGUAGUCGACAGAGUCGGAACAGUGUCUCUUCGGUGGAUUCUGGCCAGGAUUCUGUAAUGGAGGAAACCAAACAGCCCCUGCAGGAAUCACGAUCCAAUGAAAAAAUCGGACUCAGCAUGUAUAGAAAAUAUUUCUCUGCUGGUUCCGGUUGUUUCCUCUUCGUCCUGGUCACUUUCUUCUGUCUUGGCACUCAGAUUCUGGCUUCUGGUGGGGAUUACUUUGUGUCCUAUUGGGUUAAGAACAACGACUCCUCAACCUCUCUGGACAUUUACAUGUUCACGGGAAUCAAUGUGGCCCUGGUCAUCUUCGCCCUCAUUAGGACUGUAUUGUUCUUCAGCAUGUCGAUGCACUCAUCCACGCAGUUACACAAUUCCAUGUUCCAGGGCGUUUCCCGCACCGCCCUCUACUUUUUCCACUCGAAUCCUUCGGGCAGGAUACUCAAUCGCUUCGCCAUGGAUCUGGGACAAGUGGACGAAGUCCUUCCCGCCGUGUUGCUUGAUUGCGUCCAGAUCUUCCUGACGAUCAGCGGCGUUAUCUGCGUCCUGUGCAUUACCAAUCCCUGGUAUUUGGUCAAUACGCUAAUGAUGUUUGUGGCCUUCCAUUUUCUGAGAAAGUUCUACUUGAGCACUUCGCGCGAUGUGAAGAGACUGGAGGCGGUGGCCAGGUCACCGAUGUACUCGCAUUUUAGUGCCACCUUGAACGGACUACCCACCAUCCGGGCACUGGGCGCCCAGGAGCUGUUGACCAAGGAGUACGACAACUACCAGGACCUGCACAGCUCUGGGUACUACACAUUCCUGUCCACCAGUCGGGCCUUUGGCUACUAUCUGGAUCUGUUUUGUGUGGCCUAUGUGGUGUCGGUGACCAUAACCAGUUACUUUAAUCCUCCGCUGGACAAUCCUGGCCAGAUUGGAUUGGCCAUCACCCAGGCAAUGUCUAUGACAGGCACUGUGCAGUGGGGCAUGAGGCAAUCGGCUGAGCUAGAGAACUCCAUGACGUCGGUGGAAAGGGUUCUGGAGUACAGGAACCUGGAGUCUGAGGGGGAGUUCGAGUCUCCAAAGGACAAGCAGUCUCCUAAGAAUUGGCCGCAGCAAGGACAAAUAAAAGCGGAACACUUAAGCAUGAGAUAUAAUCCAGAUCCCAAAACCGACAACGUCCUGAAAUCUUUGAAAUUCGUAAUCCAACCGAGGGAGAAAAUAGGCAUUGUGGGUAGAACGGGUGCUGGGAAGUCCUCGCUUAUCAACGCCCUCUUCAGACUGUCCUAUAACGAUGGAUCCUUAGUGAUCGAUAACCAGGAUAUCGGACAAAUGGGUCUGCACGAUCUGAGGAGUAAGAUAUCGAUAAUCCCACAGGAACCAGUGCUGUUUUCCGGAACUAUGCGAUACAACUUGGAUCCCUUCGAACAGUAUUCAGAUGCCAAGUUGUGGGAGGCUCUAGAAGAGGUUCAUUUGAAAGAGGAGGUGGCCGAGCUGCCCACGGGUCUCCAGAGUCUGAUUGCCGAAGGAGGUGGCAAUUACAGUGUCGGCCAGAGGCAGUUAGUCUGCCUGGCGAGGGCCAUUCUCCGCGAGAAUCGCAUCCUAGUGAUGGACGAGGCCACGGCGAAUGUGGACCCCCAAACGGAUGCCCUGAUUCAGUCCACCAUUCGCAGGAAGUUCAAGGAGUGUACUGUGCUGACCAUUGCCCACCGUUUGAAUACGAUUAUUGAUUCGGACAAGGUCAUGGUUUUGGAUGCUGGCAACCUCGUAGAAUUCGGCUCACCCUACGAACUUUUGACCCAAUCGGAACGGAGGGUCUUUUACGGUAUGGUUAUGGAAACGGGCCGAUCCAGCUUUGAUCAUCUUUUCAAAGCAGCUCUACAGGUUCAUGAAAGUAAACUGCGAAGCAAGUCAGAAUAAUCCAUUGAUAUUGUAUGAUAUCUCAAUAAUACAUUUUCUUUAAUUAAAUACAAUAAAUUAAUAAAAUGAUUACACUUAUUCCUUUUAAUAUAAUCAAGUCAAACUUAAGAAUACAUCAACAGUGGCUCGAAGAAUUCCAUAUGCUAUCCAAUUAGAUCUGAACAAAUAUUCUCCCUCUGGGAAGGGCAACAAUUUCGUGAACUGAUAAUUAAUGAAAGUCGUAGAAACCUUAUCCACAAUAAGGUCAUGCUUCGAAAUAAUCAAAAUAUUGAUAAACAAUAAAUAAAUUAUUAUACAUUUUAAAACUUACAUCGAAGGGGCAUGUGUGGUUCAUAUUAGAGUGACUUUUAAACAAACCGUACAUAUAGCCUAGAACCGGAUUUGAUUUUUGAUUUUUCAAAAACUUGCAGCCAUCUGCGGUAAUAUUGUAGAGAAAUGGUUUGUAGCCAUUCGAGCGCUUCAAAAACGACCAAUUAAUCUAAUGGAUGAAAAUUUUAAUGACUUUUAGAUAGAUAACUAAGACUAUUUUUACAUACAGUGACAUUUGUUAUGGGUACUUUGUACAAUUUCACUUUUAAUGAAAUGUAUUUGUAGGUCCUAUUUAUGGAUUUUAUACAGUAAUUUGUAACAGUAAUCGAAGUCGCAAAAAUCUUUGUCCAUGGAUGUGCAUUUUAUGUUUGUAAACUCACUUUUGGAGAAGAUCUGGAAGUCUCAGAAAUAAUUUAUAAACUCUUGUAAUAUUUAUAUUUUUAAUUAAUUAUUGCUUUACCAUUGUUACUAAAUAACAAAUCAAAACAAGUUGAAAAAUAUUCACUCGCCAAAAAAUCAUCGUUAAUACGAAUUUGUAUAACUUUAUUUAACGUCGGUCAAAAAUGGACUAAGACCAGACGACGGGUUUAUAAAGAGCUUUUUAUGUUUAAUGAAUCAUUUUAUAAAUAUAAAGCAAUUAAAAAGAAGUAAUUAUGCCGUGCAACCAUGUGUCACUUAUAGCUCAAAGUUAAACCAAGAUCAUUAUCCUAAACACCAUUAAAAUCGUUUUAUGAAGCAA